GCUGCACUGAGUUUUGAAAGCACAGAAGUUUUCCCUGAUUUGCUGAAACUUUCAGAGGCUGAAAUGCACCUGCCAGCUUGGGAUCCAUCUAUGCUUGAGAGAGCAGAAGAAGUCAUUCAGCAGAACCCACAGCAGAUAAGCCUGGUCCUGCACUGCCAUCAGGAAGCACAGCUGCAUAGUAAGGAUCUCUGCAGAGACGUUCUCAGUGUUCUACCAUGCAUCACCUCUCUCAGUUUGACUGCACCACAAGAUGAGGCAGUUUGUUGUGAGGAAUGGCAAAAGACACUGAGAUCCUUGCAACUGGAACUUUGCCUGCAAGUACUUCUACUUGACAGCGAUUCUACAUUUACAGAUAUAAUGACACUGCUUCGUCAUUUCAAAAUAUAUGAUGAAUCUGAGUUCUUGGCAGAUUUAUAUUGUCAUGUGGUUGUUCAUCAUGGAGAGUCACAAACAGGGAAGAAACUCCUUUCAUCGUUGCAAAUGCUGUAUAUGUCAGCCCCUGCAGUCUGGUCCAUAGACCUUUCAAACAGAAAGGCGUCCCUCUUCCUAGAAGUAUUGAAGCUCCAGCCAUGGAAGAAACCAGUAGAGCUGCGAGGCUGGUCAGAUAAAGAGAGUGAAGUGAGGAGUUUCCUACAGUGUCUGCCCUACAUCUCACAACUCAGAUUCAUACAAGUACUAAAUCAAAAUCCAGAAGAUUGGAUGAGGAAGCUGAGAUUAUUCCACCUGGAUCUGUGUGUGCAAGCAGCUCUUUUUCAAGAAGAGUUCACAUUCCCUGUUAUUCAGACACUUCUGAAUCUUCUUGACAUUACUGAUGAAUCGAAUUUCAUGUUUGACCUUUAUGCGCAUGUGAAUGGAAUUGAGUUUGAAACUCAAAAGAAAGUACUCAAAGCAUUACAUUCAGUCUACCAGUCUGUUCCAGAAAAUUGGUCCAUAGACCUGUCAGAGAGAAAGGCCUCCCUCUUCCUAGAAAUAUUGGAAUUCCAAAUGGAGAAGAAACCAGUAGAGCUGACAGGCUGGUCAGAAGAUGAGAGUGAAGUGAGGAGUUUCUUACAGUGUCUGCCCUACAUUUCACAGUUGAGCUGUAACCCACCACGGACGCAUAAGCAGUCAUAUGAAGAAUGGAUACAGACUGUGAGGGGAUUUCAGAUGAAUUUGUGUCAGCAAGGAUUGCUCCAUGAAAAAGAAUGUGGCCAUACAGGUGUACAGAGACUGCUUAGCCUUUGCAGUCUUCAUGAUAAAUCAGUCUUUUUGUUGGAUCUUUACUCUUACAUGAAGGACUGUGAGAAUCAAACAGGGAGGAGGCUACUUUCAGCACUACAGAAAGUGUUCCAAUCAUUUCCUACAAGCUGGUCCAUAGAUCUCUCAGAAGGAAAGAUCUCUAUCCUUUUAGAAGUGCUGAAACUCCAAACACAGAAGAAACCGCUUGAGCUGAGGGGCUGGACAGAUGAAGAAAGUGAAGAGAGGAGUUUCUUUCAGUGUCUGCCCUACAUUUCAGAAUUAAAACUUCGCUUGCCAGAACCUUUUGACGAGACAGAGGAGAGAUAUAAGAUAUUCCGUUUGGAUCUAUGCCUGAAAGCAGCUCUUUAUUGUAAAGAUUGUAGCCUCUCCAGUGUGCAGACAUUGCUAAAUCUUUUGCAUACUUUGGAUGACUCUGAAUUUCUGCUCGACUUGUUCUCUCAUGUGAUGGACUUCGAGUCUAAAACAGGCAGUGGCCUUCUCCCAGUAUUUGUACCAGUGUAUGGAUCAGGUCCUGCCGUCUGGUCCAUAGAUCUCUCAGAGAGAAAGGUCAUCCUCCUCCUAGAAGUGCUGAAACUCCAAACACAGAAGAAACCAGUUGAGCUGAGAGGCUGGUCAGAUGAAGAGAGUGAAGUGAGGAGUUUCCUUCAGUGUCUGCCCUAUGUCUCACAGCUUAGAUUAAAAAAAAAAAUUGUUCAUGAUAGUCCAAAGGAAGUGCUCCGGUUCCUGCUGGAUCUGAGUGUGGCAGCAGCUGUGUCUGAUGCAGGAGAGAGUGUAUCUGAGCUCUUGUGCUCUGUAUGCACCUUCACUUUUGAGGAAAUUGAUGAGUUGAACAAUAAUGGCAGUAGUACUCACAGUGAGUUUCUGCUAGAUCUGUGUUCUCAUUUGAAGGACGUUGAAAUUAAAACUGGCAGAGUUCUCCUUCCAACACUUCAGCCAUUUUACUGGUCAGCUCCUGCAGUCUGGUCCAUAGACUUCUCAAAGACAAAGGUCUCCCUCCUCCUCGAGUUGCUGAAACUCCAAACACAGAAAAAAACAGUACAGCUGCUAGGCUGGUCAGAUGAAGAGAUUGAAGUGAGGAGUUUCCUUCAGUGUCUGCCCUACAUCUCACAGCUCAGAUUCGCAGAAAAUAACCUGAAUGACCGUCCAAAGGAGGUGUUCCAGUUCCUGGUGAAUCUGAGUGUGGCAGCAGCUGUGUCUGAGUCAGCUGCAGGAAAGAGUUUCCCUGAGCUCUUGUGCUCUGUGUGCACCUUCCCUUUUGAUGAGAUUGAUAGGUGUGCUGAAUAUUAUAAUGGUUCUCAUCAUGAGUUCCUGCUGGAUCUGUAUUCCAGAGUGAAAGACGCUGAGAUCAGAACAGGCAGGAGUCUCUUGUCUGCGCUCCAGCCAUUUAACCAGUCCAUUCCUGCAGUCUGGACCAUAGACCUUUCAAAGAGAAGGGUCUCAGUCUUCCUAGAAGUGCUGAAACUCCAAACACAGAGGAAACCAGUGGUGUUGAUCCAAGGCUGGUCAGAUGACGAGAGUGAAGUGAGGAGUUUCCUUCAGUGUCUGCCCUACAUCUCACAGCUCAGAUUUACUGAAGAUGUCCUGAAUGAGUGUCCAGAGGAAGUUUUCCGGUUCCUGCUGGAUCUGAGUGUGGCAGCAGCUGUGUCUGAUUCAGCUACAGGAGAGCGAUUAUUUGAGCAUUUGUGCUCUGUUUGCACCUUCCCUUUUGAGGAAAUUGAUAAGUGUGAUCAUUAUGGCAAUGAGUUUUUACUGGAUCUUUUUUCCCGUGUGAAGGACAUUGAGAUUUUAACAGGCAGGAGUUUCUUGUCUGUACUUCAGCCAUUAUACCAGUCAGCUCCUGCAGUCUGGUCCAUAGACCUCUCAAAGGGAAGGCUCUCAGUCUUCCUAGAAGUGCUGAAACUCCAAACACAGAAGAAGCCAGUAGAGCUGCGAAGCUGGUCCGAUGACGAGAGUGAAGUGAGGAGUUUCCUUCAGUGCCUGCCCUUCAUCUCACAGCUCAGAUUCACUCCACCACAGCUUGAGAGAACAUCCAUGGAGGAGUGGGAACAGGGAGUGAAAUCAUUCUGUCUCAAUCUGUGUCUACAAGCAUCUCUCUGUGAGACAGAAUCUCUUCUCACCACUGUCAAGUCACUGCUUACACUCUCCAGUGUUUACAAUGAAUCUGAUUUACUGUUGGAUCUGUACUCUUAUGUGAGGGACUAUGAGUCACAAAUUGGCAGGAGUUUUGUUCCAGAACUGCAACCAUUUUAUCAGUUGACUCCUGCAGUCUGGUCCAUAGACCUCUCAAAGAGAAAGGCCUCCCUUCUCCUAGAAGUGCUGAAACUCCAAACACAGAAGAUACCAGUAGAGCUGAGAGGCUGGUCAGAUGAGGAGAGUGAAGUGAGGAGUUUCCUUCAGUGUCUGGCCUACAUUUCACAGCUUAUCUUCACUCCACCACAGUUUGGGAGAGCAUCCUUGGAGGAGUGGAAACAGGGAGUUAAAUCUUUCUGUUUGAAUCUGUGUCUACAAGCAUCUCUCUAUGAGACAGAAUCUCUUCUUACCACUGUCAGGUCACUGCUUACACUCUCCAGUGUUUACAAUGAAUCUGAUUUACUGUUGGAUCUGUACUCUUAUGUGAGGGACUAUGAGUCACAAAUUGGCAGGAGUUUCGUUCCAGUGCUGCAACCAAUUUAUCAGGCAAUUCCUGCGGUCUGGUUCAUAGACCUCUCAAAGAGAAAGGCCUCCGUCCUCCUAGAAGUGCUGAAACUCCAAACACAGAAGAAACCAGUAGAGCUGAGAGGCUGGUCAGAUGAAGAGAGUGAAGUGAGGAGUUUCCUUCAGUGCCUGCCCUACAUCUCACAGCUCAGCUUCACUUCACCACAGUAUGUGAGAAUGUCCUCGGAGGAGUGGGCACUUAGUGUGAGAUCAUCCCAUCGGCAUUUAUGUCUGCAAGCAGCUCUCUAUGAGUGGACAUCUGUCAGGACAUUGAUAACACUCUUCAGAGUUGACAAUGAAUCCGAUUUCCUUUUGGAUCUGUACCAUUAUGUGAGGGACUAUGAGUAUCGAAUUGGCAGGAGUCUCAUUCCAGCACUGCGACCAGUUUAUCAGUCAAUUCCUGCAGUCUGGUCCAUAGACCUCUCAAAGAGAAAGGCCUCUCUCUUCCUAGAAGUGCUGAAACUCCAAACACAGAAGAAACCAGUAGAGCUGAGAGGCUGGUCAGGUGAAGAGAGUGAAGUGAGGAGUUUCCUUCAGUGUCUGCCCUUCAUCUCACAGCUUAGCUUCACUCCGCCACAGUUUGUGGGAAUAUCCUUGGAGGAGUGGGAACAUAGUGUGAGAUCAUCCCAUCUACAUUUAUGUCUGCAAGCAGCUCUCUAUGAGUGGAUGUCUGUCAGGACAUUGAUUACACUCUUCAGAGUUGACAAUGAAUUUGAUUUCCUCUUGGAUCUGUACUAUUAUGUGAGGGACUAUGAGUAUCGAAUUGGCAGGAGUCUCAUCACAGCACUGCAACCAGUUUAUCAGACCAUUACUGCUGUCUGGUCCAUAGACCUCUCCAAGAGAAAGGCCUCCCUCCUCCUAGAAGUGCUUAAACUCCAAACACAGAAGAAACCAGUACAGCUGCUAGGCUGGUCAGAUGAAGAGAGUGAAGUGAGGAGUUUCCUUCAGUGUCUUCCCUACAUAUCACAGCUCAGCUUCACUCCACCACAGUCUGAGGGGAUGUCCUUGGAGGAGUGGGAACAUUGUGUUAAAUCUUCCCAUCGGCAUUUAUGUCUGCAAGCAGCUCUCUAUGAGUGGACAUCUGUCAGGACAUUGAUUACACUCUUCAGAGUUGACAAUGAAUCCGAUUUCCUCUUGGAUCUGUGCUAUCAUAUGAGGAACUAUGGGUCACAAAUUGAGCAUCUCAUUCCAGCACUGCGACAAGUUUAUCAGGCUAUUCCUGCAGUCUGGUCUAUUGAUCUAUCAGAGAGAAAGGCCUCCGUCCUCCUAGAAGUGCUGAAACUCCAAACACAGAAGAGACCAGUAGAGCUGAGAGGCUGGUCAGAUGAAGAGAGUGAAGUGAGGAGUUUCCUUCAGUGUCUGCCCUACAUCUCACAGCUCAGAUUCACAGAGGUUGACCUAAGGGAGGAUUCAGAGGGAGUGCUCCAGUUCCUGCUGGAUCUGAGUGUAGCAGCAGCUGUAUCUGAUUUAGCUGCAGGAGAGAGUUUCUCUGAGCUCUUGUGCUCUGUGUGCACCUUCCCUUUUGAGAAGAUUGAUGAGUGGGAUGAUAAUGAGAAUAGUUCUCAUUAUGACUUCCUGCUGAAUCUGUAUUUCCAUGUCAAGAACAUUGAGAUUAAGACGGGAAGGAUUUUCCUUCCUAGACUUCAUCCAUUUUACCAGUCAGCUCCUGGCAUCUGGUCCAUAGACCUCUCAAAGAGAAAGGCCUCUCUCCUCCUAGAAGUGCUGAAACUCCAAACACAGAAGAAACCAGUAGAGCUGAGAGGCUGGUCAGAUAAAAUGACUGAAGUGAGGAGUUUCCUUCAGUGUCUGCCCUACAUCUCACAGCUCAGUUUCUGGGAUAUGUCUGGUGAAGAAGAAUUGUUCAACUUUCUGGCGAAUCUGAGUGUAGCAGCAGCUGAGUGUGAUGCAGCUACAGGAGAGAGUUUCUCUGAGCUCUUAUCUUCUGUGUGCAGCUACAGCACAUUCCCUAUUUCCGGGGCGGAUUAUGCCUCUUAUCAUACACAAUUUCAGAAUAAUUUCCUGUUGAAUCUUUACUCACACAUGAAGGAAACCAAAACCAGCAGAAGUGUCUACUCACUAUUGCAGUCAGUGUACCAGUCAGCUCCUGCAGUCUGGUCCGUAGACCUUUCAGAGAGAAAGGCCUCCCUCCUCCUAGAAGUGCUGAAAUUCCAAACACAGAAGAAACCAGUACAGCUGAGAGGCUGGUCAGAUGAAGAGAGUGAAGUGAGGAGUUUCCUUCAGUGUUUACCCUACAUCUCACAACUCAGAUUUACUCCACCACAGUUUGAGAGAACGUCCUUGGAGGAGUGGGAACAGGUUAAAUCUGUCUGUUUGAGUCUGUGUCUACAAGCAUCUCUCUGUGAGACAGAAUCUCUUCUCACCACUGUCAGGUCACUGCUUACACUCUCCAGUGUUUACAAUGAAUCUGAAAUUCUCUUGGAUCUGUACUGCUAUGUGAGGGACUAUGAGUCACAAAUUGGCAGGAGUCUCAUUCCAGCUCUGCAACCAGUUUGUCAGUUAAUUCCUGCAGUCUGGUCCAUAGACCUCUUAGAGAGAAAGGCCUCCCUCUUCCUAGAAGUGCUGAAACUCCAAACACAGAAGAAACCAGUAGAGCUGCUUGGCUGGUCAGAUGAAGAGUGUGAAGUGAGGAGUUUCCUUCAGUGUCUGCCCUUCAUCUCACAACUGAAAUUCCAAGAGGAUUGUGUAAACGGAAUGCUCCAGUUCCUGCUGAAGCUGAGUGUAGCGGCAGCUGAGUAUGAUGCUGCUGCAGGAGAGAGUUUCUCUGAGCUCUUGUCCUCUGUGUGUACCUUCCCUUUUGAGAGGACUGAUGAGGAGUAUGGCUAUGAGUAUCUAGAUUUUCUCCUGGAUCUGUGUUCCCGUGUCAAGGACAUUGAGAUUAAAACAGGCAAACGUCUCCUGCCUCCAUUUAAGCCAUUUUACCAGUCAGGUCCUGAACACUGGCUUAUAAACCCAAGAAGGAGAAAGAGCUCCAUUUUACUCGAAGUGCUGAAACUCCAAAAAGAGAAGAAAUCAGUAGAGGUGUUAUAUUUUCCAGAUGAAGAGAGUGAAGUGAGGAGUUUCCUUCAGUGUCUUCCCUACAUCUCACAACUCAGUUUCUGGGAUGAUAUGUCUGAAGAAACCAUUUUCAACGUCCUGGCGAAUCUGAGUGUAGCAGCAGCUGAGUGUGAUGCAGCUACAGGAGAGAGUUAUUCUGAGCUCUUAUCUUCUGUGUGCAGCUACAGCACAUUCCCUAUUUCCGGGGCGGAUUAUGCCUCUUAUCAUACACAAUUUCAGAAUAAUUUCCUGUUGAAUCUUUACUCACACAUGAAGGAAACCAAAACCAGCAGAAGUGUCUACUCACUAUUGCAGUCUGUGUACCAGUCAGCUCCUGCAGUCUGGUCCAUAGACCUCUCAAAGAGAAAGGCCUCCCUCCUCCUAGAAGUGCUGAAACUCCAAACACAGAAGAAACCAGUAGAGCUGAGAGGCUGGUCAGAUGAAGAGAGUGAAGUGAGGAGUUUCCUUCAGUGUCUGCCCUACAUCUCACAGCUCAGUCUCCAUAGAGCCUAUGGUGGAAAGCCUUUCCUAUUGGAUUGUGCAGCUGGUCAGCUGUCCACAGAGAAACUGAUUCAUCUGGUUGAGUUACUGGACAACAUUGAGCUGAAAAAGGACUUGUUCAGCAGGGAAUGCAGAUCUUUGGGACGAGUGCUUAGUGUGGCCUCUAAACUGGACCUCACCCUGACACCUAAACACAUCUCUCUCAGGGGAGUCAGGCUGCUCUUCAGAGGAGUCACUCACCUCCAUAAACUCAGGCUGAAUGUCACCAUGGUGAUGAGACUGGCCCGAGCAAUGAGGACGGGGAGAGGUUUGGCUCCAGUCUCUGUUGAGGAGCUCAGUCUGGACCUUGACAGUAAAAAAGUCUCUCAGAGAGCGCUGUCCAGGGUCCUGAGCUGCCUGGCUCUCCUCCUCAGACUCUGGACGGUCCAGUGUCUGGAUCUGACCUCUUGCAGGGUCGAAGGUCACUCUCUCAUCAUCCUGCUCUGUCAACAGGACCCUCUGAAGCUCAGACUGAGUAAGGAAAAUACGCAACAGCUGUUCAUGCUGGUGUCUGAUGCACAGGAAAUGGAAAUCAUUGAGUCCUUCCUGAACAAGGUCGGAAGAGACCUGACCUCGUGCACUUUGACCCAGGAAGUGCUCCACCUGCUGAAGCAUCACUCUGGACCUGUGACCGUGGACUUCAGGCAGAUCAAGAUCACUGAGAGGAAUAUUCGAGACUUCCUUCAUAUGCUGGACAGGAUACAGUUCAAGAGGCUCACCCCAGGAUUCAUCAUGUGCAUCAUCAUGGAGAUCUACCAGAGUCGUUCUCCUCAGUAUGUGAGCAGCCUGCUGAGAUCUACAGAGAACCACAUCAACCUGACCACCAGAGGCCUGGAUGCUGCUGACUGUGCUGCCCUGCGUUUCACCUUACAGCACAGCCAGGGGGUCAGACUCAACCUGAUGUGGACCUCCAUACCAGAGGGGGAGCUAGAGAGCCUCCUGCAGCUUCUCAGCAAUGUCUCUCAGCUCAGUGUUGACAGGCAGCUGCUGUUGAGGUUCCUCCACUGCUGUGAGUCCUCAGAUGUCCAGCAGGGGGCAGCAGCAGCUCUUCUUCAGGCUCUGCAGCACAGACUUGACUUCUCCUGCUCCUCUGCUAUGGACCUGACAGAAGAGACACAGGAACCACCUCUGCACCUGAGACCUGAGGACUGCAGGGUCAUCUCCAUGGGGAUCCUGAGGGUCAGCGUCGACCCUGAGCUCAUGCUGAUGGACUGUGAUGUGGAGGAGGCGGGGCUAGAGCACCUUUUCUCUGUUCUAGAAAGAAUCCGUCUGAGGUGCAGUAAGGGCCAGUUGUUGCAGCUCCUGGUGUGUGUUGGCUCUGAGAGAGAAUGUGUGAGGAGAGCCGUGUCUCUCUCCCAUGCUGUGGGUGGGGAAGUGGACCUCAGUCACACCGUGCUGGACGCUCGGGCCUGUGGAUCUCUGGCGCUAUUUCUGGAAUAUUCUGAGGGGCUGUCAGAACUGGACCUCAGCCACUGCCAGCUCACAGACCAAUGCCUGGAGCCACUGCUCCCACAUCUGCACAAAUCACAGUCCCUGGACCUCAGUAACAACAGCCUCACAGAUGAAGGGGCUCAGCUGAUCUACAAUACCGUCAAUGCAGCCACAUCCAUUCAGUCCGUGAGACUCUUCAACAAUAAGAUUCGGAGCAGACAGCUCUUCCAGGGAGACGCACGCUUUGAGCUGCGGUGACCCUGUAGGUGUGCUGCUAUCUCCACUGGAUUUGACCUGAUUCAUGCCAUACAAUGCAGAGGAAAGGGAUCACUCUGAUGUAGUUUAUGUGUUCGGAAGUGAGACAGCUCCAGCUGUGGCAUCUGCACCGUGUGCCGGUGAUCCAGACUCGAUUCCCGCCCUGCGGUCCUUUCCGGAUCCCACCCCUACUGUCUCUACCGUUUUCUUCCUGUGAUUCUUCACGGUGCUGUUGCAUUAAAGGCAUAAAAAGAACCCCAACAAAAUACUUUUUUAAAAAGAAGUGAGACAGUGUUUGUGCUGUCCCCCCCUAAUUUAGCACAAACGCGUCAUACAUCAGAGCAAAUUGCCGUUGAGGUGAUUUUAAUGGACCAGAGCAGGGGAAAGAAAACAUGAUUCCCACUGGUCUUUAGUGUAAGAGAACAUUGUGGUCCUCACUGGUCAGUCUUUAGUGUAAGAAGACAUUGUGGUCCGGUCAGUCAUUAGUGUAGGGAGACAUUGUGGUCUUCACUGGUCAGUCUGUAGUGUGUAGGAAGAAAAUUAUCUAAAGAAAAUGAUACUUGAUAAAUCUUUCAAAUACAUUACAAGAAAAGUAUUUUUGAAUGCUUAGGGAUAUAUUGUGUCUUGCCUCAACCAUUGUGCCUUACAAUUUAACUGAUGUUGUGCUGUACAUUUUCUAUCUAUAUAGCCAUACUGCUGAUGUAUGUUGUUUUAUUUCAGGACAAUUGAUAGAUAGAUAGAUAGAUAGAUAGAUACAGUAGAUAGAUAGAUAGAUACUUUAUUGAUCCCCAAGGGGAAAUUCAAGGUCCCAGCAGCUUAAGACACCACACACAACAUAUAAUACAAUGUAAACAGGAAAAUACAAAGCAAAUCAACAAAUCAACAUGACUAAAGGAGCAGUAAAAUACUAUGGAUAAGAUGUGCAUGAAUGUACUGAGGAUUGGUACUGUGAUCCAGUAUGAGGUAUGUGUCAAGUUGGUAGUGCAAAUAAGUCCAACAGUGCAAGAUUAAAUUCUAGUGACCAGCAAUAAAUAUGUACAGUACAAAAUGUAAAAUGUAAGCUUAGUAAAUCAAAAAAACUCCAUUGUUGGAUGAUUGUAAAGUGUCUGCAUGACAUGAUCACUUAAAAAAAAAAAAAAAAAAAGUCCUGUGUCUCCUUACUGUCUCUGUCUCCUUGCCAUUGUUGGGAUGGUGUCAAAUAUUAGAUGAGUCUAUCAAUAAUCCAUCAACAGAACAGUGAUCAGUUUGUCCUCAUUAAAAUACUGUAUGUUUUCAUGCCAUUUCCUAUAGAUCAAGGAAGCUUUACAGUGCACUCUUGAUACUUGAAGCUGUAAAGGCCUAUAUCAUAACAUUGUAACUCUUUCUAUAUACAAUCAUUACUUGAAUUGUAAUUUAUUAUUUACAAUGUGUUUACAAUGCUUUAUGGAUGCAUACUUUAUAAUACUGUUACCAGAAUUUGUUAUCACACUAGACUAUGAUAACUUGAGGUUUGUAAUUUCAAAGGUACUAUUUGUAUUUCAAAGACACUGUUUGUAUUGGGUGCAAGUUUACAGCUAGCCAGCAGAAGGUGUGAUAUGUACAGUAUAAUGAGAUCAUGUGUUUGGGUCAUUUUUUUAUUUAGUUUCUCAGUAUGAACUGUGCUAUAGGACAUGGGAGAGUUCAACAGAGAGGGCAAAACCCUGCCAGCGUGAAUGUUCAGCACUGCAAUGUUCCUCCAUGGAAAAAAAUCACACUUUCUAACUUGCGGUAUAUCUGCUACAUCAAUAAACUUUUUUAACAUUCCA